UAUAUAAUUUCCUGAAAAAAGGAAAAGUAGAAAAGAGUAAAACGAAGAGAAAGAGCUUUGCUUCUUCCUCCUUCCAUUUCCACUCGAUGUUGAGCAGCCGAAGCUAAGAUCUCAAUCAAGCUUUGGUGGGAGUUUGAUGUCUAAAUGAUUGCUGCAAGUGCUGUGGAUUGAUUUGCUCUAAAUUAGAAAGAGAUGAGUUACACGAGCACUGAGAUGGGAAGUGAUAACGAGUCACCAUUUACUGAUAAUGGAAGUGACUGCAGAAGUAGAUGGGAAGGAAAUGCCCUGAAGAAAGGGCCAUGGAGCUCAGCUGAAGACGACAUUCUUGUUGACUAUGUGAAGAAGCAUGGAGAGGGUAACUGGAAUGCUGUGCAGAAACACACGGGCCUGUUCCGUUGUGGUAAAAGCUGCCGCCUAAGGUGGGCUAAUCAUCUGAGGCCAAACUUGAAGAAAGGAGCUUUUAGCCAAGAAGAAGAACAGCUCAUUGUUGAACUGCAUGCCAAGAUGGGCAAUAGAUGGGCGCGCAUGGCUGCUCAUUUGCCUGGCCGAACAGAUAAUGAGAUAAAAAAUUAUUGGAACACUCGCAUCAAGAGGCGACUACGAGCUGGUUUACCACUUUAUCCACCUGAAAUGCAUGUUGAAGUACUGGAGUGGAGUCCAGAGUAUACUGAGAGUAGAAUUUUAGGAGGAGAUAGAAGACAUCAAGAUUUCUUGCAGCUCGGGAGUUGUGAAUCUAAUGUCUUCUUUGACAGUCUUAAUUUUGUCUCCGACAUGUUACCUGGUACUUCUAACUUAGCAGAUAUGGUUUCAUGCAAAACUCUGGGAAAUGGUGCAAGUUCUCCUCGAUAUGAAGACUUCAUGCCACUAUUGAUACCCUCCUCGAAGCGAUUUCGGGGAUCUGAAUCGUUGUAUCCUGGGUGCAGCAGUACUAUAAAGGAAGAAAUCCCCUCGCCUGAACAUUUCCAGAACACAGCUCCACAAAAGAUUUCCAAAACUUGCAGUUUCUUAGUUCCUUGUGAUGUUGAUCAUCUUCCUUAUGGAAACCAACAUUCACCUGUUAUGAUUCCAGACAGCCAUACCCUUACGGAUGGCCUUGUUCCUACUUCGAACCCCUCACUUGGGGCAGUGAAGCUGGAGCUCCCUUCAUUCCAAUAUUCAGAAGCAACAUUUGAUCAGUGGAAGAAAUCGGCAUCUCCUCCACAAUCAGAUAUCCUUGAUCCAUUUGAUGCUUACAUUCAGUCUCCACCACCAUUGGGGAGAGAAGACUCGGAUUGUUUUCCAAAUUGUGAUACCGGUCUGCUUGAUAUGUUGCUUCUGGAGGCCAAGAUCAGAAAUAAUAGUACAAACAACAGUUUGUACAAGAGUUGCGCUUCAACUUCUCCAUCGAAUGUAGUAGGAGUUAGUGUAUCCCAAAUCAAAUCAGAGGAGUUUGACGAUUCCCUGAAGAGUUUGGUCCAUUCAGAGAUUUCAAUUUCCACACAACACAAUGCAGAUGGAAUUCCACCAAGGCAGAGGGAAAAAGAGCGGCAACCCGUCUUGGAUAUAACACGGCCUGAUGUUUGGCUUGCAUCAAGCUGGCUCGACCAUGGUUUAGGGAUUGGUAAAGAGGCGGGUAGCAUGAGCGACGCAAUUGCAGUUUUCCUCGGUGAUGACAUCGGAAAUGACUAUAUGCAGAUGAGUGUUGGGGCAUCUUUGUAACCAAUAGCCAUAUCACGAUUCAUCAGGAGGAUGAAAUGGUUGAUUUUGUAGAACUGGCUUAUUUAACGACUGUGAUGUGAUAUACAAUCAUAGAUAUAUAUACACUAAAUACAAUUGAUUUGAUGAAA